CUGGCUAUUCGAUUAUCGAGCCAAGCCGCAUCGCAAACCGUGGCCGCAUCCAUUGUUGCCCGGGACGAGUUCGGCUGCGAGCGGUGGCGUAGAAACGGCCCUGAAAUCGCUGUCGAGCCGUGCGGCAUUCGACGCGUGAACGCCGCGGCCAAACAGAUCAACUGUCGAGCAGCUGCGGUCUCCACUGUUUGUCGAGGAGCGCGGCGCCGUACCGGUUGUAAGCCGUCGUCACCGCAGCGCUGCGCCGACGCCCGCUACCACACGUGCGACGCACGCCCGACCAUCGACCGACGCGCGGAAGCGUACCGCAUCAGUAAACGAUGCCGGCCCGCCCCCCGCCAAAAAUGAUCGUCGAGAUCGUCUUCGCCGACAACCGCACGGAGCACAUCGAAGUCAGGGACGGCGACGACCCGAGCCAGUUGGCGCGCCAGUUCCUCGCCACCUACAAGCUGCCGGCCUCCUACGAAAAGGUACUCAGGGAGCAGAUCGUGGCAAGCAUCGCCGAGGACGAGCGGCAGCGCCAGCUCCAAAAACCAGCCCAGGACGACGACGACGAGGGCGCCGUGAGUCCGGACGACGACGAGGACGCCUACAACGCGGCGCGCCAGUCCUUUUCCGCGGCGCAGACCAAACCUAGAGUCAAAAGAGCUUCCCUAGUGUGGCGGAGCGGCAAGCAAGGAGCUACGAAAGUUUUACCUCGGAGGCAGCGAGAAACGUGUGCGCGCUUACAUAGAGACGCGGCGAGACAACGAAGACGACGCGAGAAGACGAGGCGAGAGCUCGAUCGAGAAGAGGACAAAUCUCAUCGAAGUUUCAAGGUGAGAGGCCACUCGACGCGACUCCUCCAGGCGUCGCGCGGCGAAGUGCACGCGCGGCUCUACGAAGAGCACGCCGCCAUCGAACAGGCCAAGGAGAAGGCGCGGCAGCUGGCCGACGACUACGCGCGGCGGAGAGGUGCUAAUUCAGCACAAGAUAUGGCUGAUUGGAGUUGUGCCAAAUGCGGUCAGCUCAAUAGCUGGAGGGACGACACGUGUCAAAGAGUUGCUGGUACUAGAGUAUCAUUAAUGGACGCCUGCGAGUCGUCGUGGGCCUGGGCGCGGCACGACGACGCGUGUGGGUCGAAAGUGGGCGGUCCCCAAAACGUUUUGAGAUGCGGCGAACCUAGACCGAGAGAAGUGGGCAGGCCGACGAUCUGCGCUCCCAAGUCUCGCAAGCUCAUAGACAAGUGGAGGAAAACAGGAGAGAAGGCCGCUUCCAAGAAUGGCCGAGAAGACGUCUGGGAAGAUCUUUAUAGGCAUGCUUUUGAACCCGCUUGUGAACGACCGGUAGCUAUCGAUCACGAGGAGGCGGAGUUGACCUUCGCCCCGCAGAUCGAUCCGCAUUCUCGCGCGAUUGUGCGGGAGCGCCAGGUCGUCGCUGCGGUCUUGGAGACUUUAGCGAGAGCCGAUGCAGCACGUGAUGCGGACGCUCGGACACGAGGUAGGGCCGCUGCCGAGGCGGCCUACGCCGCCGCCUUGGCUCGGCGGCCGGCGGGCACGAAGGAAGACGUGUGUCCACCGGAGACCCACGACCGUCUAUAUGCCGACGCGGCCGCGAGACGAGCGUCUCGCGAUUUUCACGAAGAUCCAGUCAAGUCCGGAAGGUUCCCCUUCCGGCCGGACAUCGGGGCCGCCGCUCUACGUUCUGGAACCAAAGACGCUACCGAUCCCAGGAAGGCUCAACGAGCGCUCGACGCGCGACUGGCGCGCGCGCGGCCGCCGUCGCAGCCCAAGCCGUCCGUAGAUUAUGACGAAGAGGAGGCCGGGCGCGUUCCUUUUGAGCCCAAAUUUACGACGCGCGGGCCCGUGCACGAUCGGGCUCCGUUGCAUGUUUCUCGUACUGCUGCGGCCCAACUGCGAGCUCGAGAGAUCGCGGAGGCUCGUCGAAGGCGUAGUCGUUCGCACGUCAACGACCGCUCGAAAGCUUAUUUGCACAAUGCGCGUAGGAAUGCCUACGCGGAUCUGUGGCGGGACGUCGUCGCUUUGGACCGCCUGGCGACGAACGAGACGGCGCCCGUCGACAGCGCCCUGGACGCCGUCGUGAGACCGAAGCGUAUUGAUCAAGCAAGGUUGGGCAGGACGCCGCUAGCUCUAGCCGCGGCCGACGCGCUCGAACAGAAGUCCAACGGCCUCCUGGACUUUGAAAGUUUCUGUCGGGCGAUGGACGCUAGGCUACCGGCCGCGGCGAACGGCCCGCCCACCUCGGCGCUGUUUCGACCGAAACAGUCCGAACCGAGGGACACGACGGCGAUGCAGCGCGCGAUGAAGGACGCUAGGGAAGCGACCUUCACGCCGAAAUUGACGGCCGCCGCCGCGUCCAGCACGCGGCACGGUCCCUCAGUCGAGGACCACCUGCGCGCGCUCGGGGCGCGCUACGAGGCGGCGCGGCGCGAGGCCGAGCACGCGGCCCACGACGCGGAGCUCGAGGAGUGCACCUUCGAACCCCGCCUGAACACGCGGCGCGGGCCGCCGCCGACGCUCGAGUGAGUUUUUGAGAACCCCCCCUUCCCCCCGCCUAACGAGCCCCUGGUUU